CUUCGUUUAGCCUUGUUCCAGCUCUACCUCCAUUAUCUAUAAGAACAACUGAACAAGUCACGCCUUUGUAGGAGCUCAUCGUACUCGAGACAAUUUGAGAAAUCAAGUCAAAGUCUAGUUUUGUACUUGUGAGCAACGUUUAUACACAGAUAUUUGUAGGCGACAGCUUUAGUAGACAUCGAUACCUCAACCACCAAGUCGAGACAUUCAAUUGCGGGACACACCAUCCUAUAAAUUCAUCGAAAAGGACAAACCUACGAAAAAAGCAACGAUGGCUUCCACGGAGACUCCAAAGAUCACCAUUCACUGGUUGAACUAUUCCCGCUCCCAUCGCAUUGUCUGGCUCCUCGAAGAACUUAACCUCGAGUAUGAAAUCAAGCUCUACAAACGCGGCGAAGACAGGCUCGCCCCAAAAGAGCUCCGCGACCUCCAUCCGCUUGGAAAGAGCCCCCUGCUCGAGAUCCAGACACCGGGUCGGGAGAAGCCUCUGAUCAUCGCCGAAUCGGCGUUCAUCGUGGAGUAUUUGACCGAGAGUUUCGGGAAGCAGAUGAUCCCGGCGCGGUUCCCCGAGGGCAAGGAGACGAUCGGGUUCGAGUCGGAGGAGUGGCUGCGCUAUCGGCACUUGCUUCAUUUCGCCGAAGGGAGCUUCAUGCCUCCUCUUUUGAUCGCGCUCAUGGUCGGCACGAUCCGUGAUGCGCCCGUGCCCUUCUUCAUCAAGCCCGUGACCAAGAGCAUCGCCCAAAAAAUCAACGACGGCUUCCUCAGUAACCAGCUCAAGCAGAACUUCGCCUUCGUGGAGAGCCAGGUAGCCAGCAGCCCGGACGCCGGGGAGUUCCUCUGCGGGAAGAGCCUCACGGGGGCGGACAUCAUGAUGAUCUUCCCGCUCCAAGGCGCGAUGAGCCGAGGGGGACUCAACGCAGAAGAGCACCCCAAGACGGUUGCGUACGUCAAGCGGCUCGAGGAACGGGACGCGUACAAACGGGGCGUGCAGAAGAUCGUCGAUUUGACGGGAGAACCGUUCAGCCCGGUGUUCCAGUGAUGUGGUAACCUCAGUCGAGCGGCGUCUUUGAAUUUAAAAUACCAUAUUCCUGAUAGACAAUAGCAUCAACCGUGGCAUCGUACCACAGAUAAGCAUUUGAAAGCAAAGAGUGUCAAGUCGGAUGCAAUCUUAGUCAGAUGCAAAGCAAAAUGAUCAUUCGAGCCCACGAGAUGGGAGUCAUCGUAUUCAUGCCGUGGAGGCGGAAUAAUUAAACGAGGAGCUGGAUCGAUAUACGU